UUUUACUCGACAGAUUCUCUUUGUCUCGGCUGUGAAGCGGUUGCAAAUUUAGUUGUUUUACAGAUUAAAAUUGAUUUUCAAGCAAUUUUGAUCUUCAAGUACAGGUUCUGUGAAAGUAGCAACAGUGAACAAAAUACGAGUGAAAAUGCCUAGCUUGAAAGUGUUGGAAGGUGAUAAAAACUGUACAUCUGAUACAUUCAAUAAUUCUAUUGAGAAUACUGGAGUUGAAGGAUGCAAUUCGGCGACAGAAGUUCAAUCAUCUCAAGUUAUGGCAAGCAUUGGGAUCAGUAAUAACGGAAACAGAGAACAUCCGGUGAAUCCUCUGCAACAGAUUAUUCUUAUAAUUGAGCAUAAAAUCCGUAACUUGGAGAAGCGAAAGAACAAAUUGGAGACAUAUAAGGCAGUCGAGAAAUCCGGAAAACGUUUAACUGGAGAUCAGAAGAAUGCCGUAUCGAAGUAUGAAGAAUGUCUAACAUCUCUGGAGCUGACUCGAGAGCUUUGUAAACAAUUUCAAUCGAUUGCAACUGCAGCAAACAAAGAUGCUAAAAAAGAGGCUAGACGAAACGCGUUUUUGAAAGCUCAGCAAGAGAAUGCUAAAGUUAGAGAGGUUUUGAUGAUUCAAGAUGUUUUGAAGCGGCUUUUGGAUGAUAGCGUACAGUGUGAUUUCCGUAAUGGUCAAAAUGGCGCGUGUAAAAUAUCUAGCGAAGAUUUAUUACUGCUUGAAAAAUUACAUGAAGAAAUACAACCCAGACGCCCAACAAACACAUUAGAAUCAACAUUUGUUUCGUCAGUUAAGCAUGCCGCAGACCACCUAACGGCUGUUAUCGAUGGGCGAAAUAAACCAUUUGGAAACAGUAGUUAUGUACAUAUUAAAACCAUCAUUACUAACGUUCAAGAAUGUGGAUAUUUUGAAAAGGAUAUCAUAGUAAUUGAAAAGGAAGAGAAAGAGGAUGAUGAACAGCCAUCGACCGAACAUGCAACAGAAGAUGUUAUGGAUACACCUAAGGAGGUAAUUGUAGAAGGAGGAACUAAUGUUUCCUUGGUUAAGGAAAUACCCACACUACAAUCUUUGGAUUCAGAAAAUGUGUCAACUAUGACAUCCACUUCCAAGGAUACAAAAAAUUCUAUGGACUUUGGAGAGUCACCAUCGGCUGCUGCUGUACCGCCACCAUCAUUUCCUGUGAACAUAAAUAUUCGUGCCAAUCCUUAUAAAAGUCCUUCAAAUCUUCCUAUAGUAGAUACCCCAAGUAUUGCAUCUUUAGUGCAAAACUGUGCGAACACAGGGAUUAUUUCGGGAAAGAUGGAACACGUUCCAACAAAUACCAAUUUUGUUCAAACAGGGCCCAUGGCCAUUUCUGUGAUACAACAUUCUGCUGCUGAAUCAAAACACAUCCCCGAAAAUCAGCCUGGGCCUACCACUGUACAAGCUGUUGAAAAUGCUUAUUUCAAGCAACAUUACAUUCAACAACAAAUGCGCCCUAUACACGAAGUUAUUGGACCUGGUAUAUUCUUCUUCUUGCAAGAAUCUGAAAUAGAUAAACCAGACGCGGUGUCAUCUCCAGCUCCAUUUGAAAGUGGUCAUCCUAUGGUAUCCAACAUUAAUCAGCAGUCUCAUCCACAAAACCAAAUAAUAUGCGACAUAGCGAAUCCAACUAGCCAUUCUGCGGCAGGAACUGAACAUGCAACAGUUUCUUCUAUAAAUCAAAAAACUACAUUGAUCUCACCCCAGCCAGCAGCAUUCAAUAAUCAGCCAUUUCCGAAUAUUGUAGCCUCUACUAUGAAUUAUAUUCAACCAUCACAUAAACUAACAAAUGAAAAAUUAAAGUCAAUUGAUAAUAUUCAAAUCCGACAACCAUCUACUUCCAAGUACAAUGACACUUGUAGUACUCCUAACGUAUCGUGUUCAUCGAAUGUUACAACAAUAGAAACAAGCAUUCAGAAAAAUGUUCCUGCUAUCGUUCAGCAUGAAAAUCAUACAAUUCAUCAGCAACAUUUGCCACAAAUAAACCCAACAAAAUUUAGCACAGGUCAGCAAGACAAUAUUAUGAACCCUAGUCGUGAAUCCAAUGAACAACAGUUCCCAACACUAAUUCAAAGUCUACACGAAUCUUCACACCAUAUACCAGCUAAUAAACGAGCUAAUAGUUUAGUCGAACCUGUAAGAGAAAAGCUUCGAGCUAGUAUUCCUGCUGACAAUAUAUCGAUAAUACCUUUGACAAAUGAAAGUCAAUCAUACCAAACAGCAGAUCAACAAGAAAAUUUGGUCAAAAAACAAAAACAAUCGACUCUAGUGAAACUUGAUGAUGAAUGGGCUGGCAAAUCAACUCAUAAAAGUAAACCUGUUGAGGGAAACUUCAAUGAAAAAUCAGUUUAUAAUUUAUCGAUACAAUCACAGCCUAAACAAACGUCUUCGACUAAUUCAAAAACUGUGAACCACACAAAACAGCACAAUGAAUGCUCAGCAUCGAAUUAUGAAAUAAAUAACGUUUCAGAUGAAUCUAAUUUAACAGUGCACCCACAACAAACUUUACAAACUAAGAAAAUCCAACCUUCGCAUCAAAAUGAACAACGCAACACUAGGGGUAAUUCAAAUCAUCAUUACUCUCAGAAUAGUGGAGGAAACGUUCGUUUUCCUAAUGACAACUGCGCCAGCAACUCAACGUCAACAUUCUACAAGAACAACGAAAGAUUCUAUCAACAGAAUCAAACUAACAAUUUUGUUUCUGCUAAAGCUGAUACAAGUUAUCCUCAACGAAGCACAAUGUUCAAAAAUCGAAAAGAUAAUGCAAAUGACCCUUCAUCUCUAAUUACUGGGUACAGAUCUGCUUCUGGUAACAACCAUUCUGGAGUAACUAAUAAUAAUGCAAACAGUGUGGAUAUCCGGUCUAGUGGCCGCCCAAUUAAUAGUACAAGAAAUACUGGACCACCUUCAUCCCGAUCUCAGCCACGCAAUCAUUCCAGCAAUAGCAACUAUGCCGGCUCUCGAGGGUCAUCAAAUACAGGAAGUCAACAUACUAUCAAUGCAUGAACAUAUUAUAUGAUUGCUUGAUAUUGAAGACAUAUUUUAAGAGGGCUGACAACUUCAUGAAUAGUGUAAAACACACAAAACUUUCAAUUAUUUCUAGGUUUUGUCUUCGACGCAUCUUACUGGAACUAAUAGUGCAGAAUUUCUGUAACUUGUAUACCUAAGCGAGUAUUGAUUUUUAAGUAAACAUUUUGUAUUCAGCA